CCUGUUCUCUCUCCCCCCCCUCUUCUCUCUCUCUCUCUCCCCCUCUUUCCUCCUCCACUAUCUCUCUCCCUCUCUCUCUCUGUGGGCGCUCUUGUCUGCAUUCGGGGUUAGGGUUUCCCUUUCCCGCUCCCGGUUCCCGCGGAUUCCCCAGCUCCAUGCAGUUGUGCAACCAUCGGGUUCAGAGUUGGAAUAGAUUAUAAGAUGAAAUUCGCGGGAUUGUGACUUGGAUUUUGGUGGGGUCGGAAGCAGUUUGAGGUUGUGACAUCAGAUAUGAUUAAUUAGGCCUCUCUAGCAUAAUCCAGCAUUCCUUGGAAAUUGCUCAAGUACUCUUCCAUAGGACAAGGAAGAAUAGUUGCUACUGAAGAUUUUUCUGUAUCCAUGCUGGCAGAGAGCAUGCGUGGAAUCUGUGAUUCGGGUGAUGCCCCUGACAAGAGUUGCUACCGACGUGUUCGGAGUGGUCACCAUCUGUCUGGUUGCUCUAUUGAUACUGGUCGGCCUACUUUGCAUUCUUUACUCAUUUUACUUCCGUGUUCGUAUUCAUAGUCGGGGGUACCUCCAGCUUAACUAUUUUAGCGGUCCUUGGAUCAUACGGAUCACAUUUAUCUUGUUCGCCAUCUGGUGGGGUUUGGGUGAGAUUAUUAGGUUAAGCUUGUUGAGACGUGAGGGGAAAGUGUUGGAUGCUCUGAAUUUCAAAUGGCAGGCGACCGUCUGCAAGGGCUACAUUGUCUCAAAUCUAGGGUUUGCAGAACCAUGCUUAUUCCUUACUCUGGUCUUCCUCCUUCGGGCGCCCUUGGAGGAGUUGGACUCGGGAAUUUUGAGCCGAAAGUGGAAUGCCAGAACAGCGUGUUAUAUAAUACUAUUCUGCUUCCCAGUAUUUGCUCUUCAGCUCUUUAUUAUUCUAGUUGGACCACAGUUGAGCAAAGUGAAGAGUCCUGGGCAAGACUUGCCGCACUACUUCACGAGUGCUAUGAAUAGGUCUGACCAUAUCGCUCUCUGCACCUAUCCUUUGAUGAGUACCAUCCUCCUUGGUCUUUUUGCUGCCAUCCUCACUGCUUAUUUGUUCUGGUUGGGGAGGCAAAUUCUGAAAUUGGUUCUCAAUAAGGGUUUGCGGAAAAGGGUAAAGACAUUGAUACUCUCAGCUUCAAGUUUCCUACCCUUAAGGGUUCUCUUGCUCGGUCUGUCUGUGCUGUCUAGGCCAGAGCAUGUUCUUUUUGAGGUUCUUGCUUUCUCGGCCUUUCUCGCUCUUCUGAGUUGUGUGGCUAUGUGUAUAUGCAUGCUUGUGUACUACCCUGUGGCUGAUUCUUUGGCUCUGGGGAAUGUUCAAGACUUGGAAUCUCGAAGAAGAGCCAGUGGGGAUUAUAAUGAGACCUCAUCUCUCUUGUCUAAUCGAAGCAAUCUCGGGGAGAGCAGCAGGAUCAGUUUCGGGAAAAACUCCGAUGCAUCAGUAAACCAGGGAUCAGUAUCUUUUCAAGCCUCGGAGAGAGACAGUGCUUCAACGAGGACAUUUGUUGAGCUCAGUCUGUUCUCUCGGGAUCGAGAUCCGUCAACCUCACGCAUGGGCAGGCCCAUGCAGAGACCAGCAUAGGUAGGACCCAUAGACUGGGGAAGCUUUGGAGGAACUGGGGAACUCGUGAGAGGAUCAAUUUUGUUGGCAAGGGAGAACUGAUUGUAAAGAGUUUGACAGUAAUAAAUGAUAAUAGCUCCCGAAACUUUGGUAUGUUUCGACCAGUUCAUGUGAAGUUUCUCUCCCUUUUUUUCGGGUAGGAGUUACUUGUUAUAUAGUUUAGGAUCUUUGUUUUUCUUUGACACGUGGAUUGAAUUGAAAUUGAAUGGGGGUGUUUUUCUCUUUC